UGGCGGUCACGUGAUGGACAGGGCUGCCUCUGCUGCCGCCGCCGCUUUGUAAGAGGCACAUUGGCAGGUAACGAGCGGCGGCGGCGGCAGCUGUGGUAUCGGUGGUGGCAGUUCCCGAGUCCAGCGAGGGGAGCAGCGAUUUUCUAUUUUGUACAUACAUUUUGUAUAUACUAUAUAUGAUGACUUCAUUGAGCAAUGACCGUUGCUGUGGUACUCGGGAAAAAACACAGAUUUCAGCAAUACAGGCAACACAACCACAGAAACAAGUGGUUCAGCUGUACAGACCUCUUGAUACUUCUAGAGCUCAGCCUGGCCACAGUUGAACAGAUGCGUCUUGCCCAAGUGAUCUUCGAUAAGAAUGAUUCUGAUUUUGAAGCUAAAGUUAAACAGCUUAUGGAAGUGACGGGGAAAAAUCAGGAUGAAUGCAUAGUGGCCCUACAUGACUGUAAUGGAGAUAUCAACAAAGCUAUUAAUAUAUUACUGGAAGGGAAUUCAGACACAACUUCUUGGGAGACUGUAGGGGGCAAGAAAAAGAACUUUGGAAAAGAAAGUUCGGAAAACAAAGAGAAUAGAGAGAAGAGAAGCGAGAGAGAAGCAAAUCAAGCAAAUCGUGGACGUGGUAACAACAACCGGAAAGGAAAAGGAAGCAAUCGUGGCAGAGAAUUUAGAGGGGAAGAGAAUGGAAUUGAUUGUAAUCAAGGGGACAAAACUUCAGACCGGGGCAAGCGAGCCCGUGUUCGAGGAUUUGGACGAGGCAGAGGAAGAGGAACAGGAUGGUUCUCAGCUCAAAGCAUGGGGACAUUUAAUCCAGCAGACUAUUCAGAUUCUACAUCUACAGAUGGGUGUGGGACGAAAGUAGUAGUUUGGGAAACUGCUCAGAAUGGUGCAAAUGAAGGAUUGGAACUGGCAACACAUGCUCACAACAUAACCCAAAAUCUGCCAAACAAAAGUUCUUAUGAGCUGAAAGGUGCCUGGAAAAAUUCUGUGGAAGAGUGGACAACAGAUGACUGGACUGAAGAUCUUUCUGAAACAAAAGUCUUUACUGCCUCAUCAGUUGCAGCAGAGAAUGAUGUCAUACCUAGGCAAAGCAUUGACCUAGUAUCCUUGCUCCGGAAGCCUGUUCCUCCAGGUCAAGUGUCAGAAGUUGGCUCCUUUGAAACUUCCCAACAGCAGAGCUUUGGCCAAGCCCUUGUCUUCACAAAUUCUCAACACAACAGUCCAAUGGCACCAGGGCCUGUCAGCUCCUCUGCUGCCACCUGUUCUCCUCAACACCUGGAAGUGAUGUCAAGCAUCAGUUUAUAUCUACUACUUUUUAUUCUUUUUAGUGAUCCUCUAAGAAACUCUCUACCAAUGACCAGUGCUGUGCAGGGCUCCACCUGCACUGCUUCAGCCAUUGCCACCUCCAGUCUGAGCAGCUCAUCCCUGAGCUCCACUAGCCCUGUGACAACAUCUUCCUCUUAUGACCAGAGUGCUGUGCACAGCAGGAUCGCAUACCAAAGCUCUGUGAUUCCACCAGGGUCAGCUCCAGGAGCCAUCCCAAAUGGACAUGGUGGUGGUCGAAGUCAGCAAACAUUAGACACUACUUCAUCCGUUCCAGCUCCCAAGACGACAGACCCUCCCUCCACCCUCGCAUCUGUGAGCUCCCUGUCCAGUACCACCUCCUGCACUGCCCUCCUACCCUCUGUGUCCCAGCACACUGCUGCUUUGCCCUCCUUGUCCCAGCCUGGUGACCUGUCCAGCAGCCCUCUCUCUCAGCUUAGCAGUUCACUCGCCAGCCACCCGAGCAGCCUCUCCUCUGCGCAGGCAGCAGUCUCGAGCACACCACACACACAUGCCAACGAGGAGAACCCCCCUCCCAUUCAGUCCUCAACGACCUUCUCCACGUCAGCACCAUCCUGUUCAAGUGCCCCUUCCUCAAGUGUCAGCCCACCUGGCAGCAUGAGCACAGGGAGCAGCCUCUGCCUGGGUGGGACCACUGUGAGCACACCCAGCAGCACAGGCAGGGCCGUGCCCUUGGUGACUUCAGGCAAAGUACCCCCAAACCUGCCUCAAGGGUUACCUCCCCUGCUGCACAACCAGUACCUCGUGGGCCCCGGAGGACUACUUCCUGCCUACCCGAUUUAUGGCUAUGAUGAGCUCCAAAUGCUGCAGUCACGGCUGCCUAUGGAUUACUAUGGAAUUCCCUUUGCUGCACCCACAGCCCUUGCCAGCCGAGAUGGGAGCCUGGCUAAUAACCCGUAUUCAGGUGAUGUCACAAAGUUUGGCCGAGGUGACUCUGGAUCUCCUGCUCCUCCCACCACACUAGCUCAGCCACAGCAAAGCCAAUCCCAGACGCACCACACAGCCCAGCAGCCCUUUUUGAAUCCUGCACUGCCACCUGGCUACAGCUACACUGGCCUUCCCUAUUACACUGGUGUCCCCAGUGCCUUCCAAUAUGGGCCUACCAUGUUCGUCCCUCCAGCCUCAGCCAAACAGCAUGGUGUGAACCUCAGCACCCCCGCCACCCCUUUUCAGCAGGCCAGUGGCUAUGGUCAGCAAAGCUACAGCACAGGUUAUGAUGACCUGACCCAGGGGACAGCAGCAGGUGACUACACCAAGGGUGGCUAUGCUGGAUCAUCACAGACACCAAACAAGUCUGCUGGUUCUGGGCCUGGCAAAGGAGCAUCAGUGCCUUCAGGUGUCACUGGCCUACCAGAUAUGACUGCUUCUGUCUACAAGACACAGGCUUUUGACAAGCAGGGAUUUCAUGCAGGGACCCCUCCACCUUUUAGCUUGCCCUCAGCCUUGGGCUCCACAGGCCCUUUGGCCCCUGCAGCUGCCCCCGGCUAUGCCCCUGCACCAUUCCUGCACAUCCUUCCGGCCCACCAGCAGCCCCAUUCUCAGCUGCUGCACCAUCACCUUCCACAGGAUGCCCAGAGUGGCUCAGGACAGCGCAGCCAGCCCAGUUCCCUGCAGCCCAAGUCUCAAGCCUCCAAACCCACCUACGGCAACUCUCCGUACUGGACAAACUAGACCACUGAAGAAGGGGUGGGCUCCAGAGCAGGGCUUACCCUGGGCAGGAGAGAACACAGGAGCGUAUUUCUGGGAGCCCGGGGGUGGCGUGGGGGGCUGGGGGGGCUUUCCUAGAUUCUUGAAGCUCUGUGGAGAGCCCUCCUCCCAGACUUGCUAUUGUAUGUAAUGUAUUUAUGUAUGUAUUUGUAAAUGUAAUAGAAAUCCAGGGCUGCAAGUGGCACCCAAGUCUGCUCUCCCCAUCCAGACCUUUCUUACUGUAACCAAGAAAGCCUACACCCCUUCUGCCAUCAGGUCUUCCACAUGACCAUGAGGCAAUUUGGGCUUCGGGGUCAGGUAUCAAUGAAGAAUCACAAUUUAUCUCAGUCCCUUGUGAACCAUUAUUUGAGUUUCUUUAGUUUGUAAUUACUUUAUACCUAUUUUUGAGAAACUGAUCCUUUUGUUAUUUGUCGUGGUCUCCCUUCCAUCAAAUCUUGAUCUGGGAAUAGCAGAUGAUCACCUGCCUAACACGAAUCUGGGCUGUUUGUCCUCACAGAGCCAGGGCUUUUGCAUCUGGUCCUGUUCCUAGAGACUGCCGUCCUUUAGCCAGCCAUUUAAAACAAACUAGGCCUCAGAAAAAAUAAGCCGAUGAGCUCCCCUUUAAAAAUCAAAGAUCUGCCUCUACUUUAGUGUAAGCCCAUCUUCAAGCACAGUGUUUUCUGUUGUCCUGAGCUGGGUGGGCAACUGUUUCGGGUGUUUUCUCUUGCCCAUAUUCCACCUAAUAAAAGUUCUGAAAGCAUG